GGGACAGAGACAUGAAGUAGCAGAAUUCGCAUUGAUGCGCUGUUUCAGUUCUUGACAUGGCGAGUCCAAAGCGACCCGGCGAGCAUGAUGAACAUGUCGAACGUCUUCGAGAUUUGAAAUGUCGCUUACAUGAUGUAAGUUCUCGUGAGCAGCUUAUGAUAAUUGGUGCACGAGCAGCAGAGGUCCAUUUUCCAGAGUUUCCUGAGCUGGGACACUUCUUCCCACAUCUUCAUCUCAAUUCACGCUCGUGCAGGGCAGCCUUGGUGCGGUUUCUUUGUUCCAAGGUGCUGCACUAUAGCCUUCUCUUUUUGCUGCUUGUCGAUACACUGCUGGUAAUGGGGGGACUGCAGAUGAAGAUCGAAGUUGUCGCCCUACAGGGUAUGGCCGUUGGCUAUUGUUUCAAUGCUGCUCUGGAAGGCAACUUCUCUAGCAUUCACCAUCACGACUUCAGCAAUGUAGCUGGUGCCUUGGAGUGUGUGAAGGAGCACUCCACUUUCAAGACAGCGGAGAUGCUGGAGAGCAUGGACUUUGUCUUCAUCGUGAUGAGCAUUGCCAUCCUAAGCAUUUUCCUGAUGGAGAACAUUCUCUUCAUCGUGGCCUUUCGCUGGAAUUUCUUCAAAAUCAUGUUUUUCCCCAUGGAUUUGCUGGUGGUUCUCUUGUCCUUGGGCACUGAAAUCCUGAGCCUCACCAGUCCGGGCCUGGAAGCGGUCGAAAGCCCUUUGCAGACCAUGGGCCAGAAGGCCAGUAUGGCCAGCGGGGCGGUCUCUCCGCUGGUGGCGAUUCUGAUCCUGGGCCGCUUUUGGCGUUUCUUGCGGAUUGGCCACGCGGUCUAUUUGCUGCAAGGAUCUGAGGAGCACGAGGAUACUCUCAAGCAGCACUACAAAGAGGAAAUCUUGGCAACAAAAAGAAACGAUGAUGAUGAUGAUGAUGAUGAUGAUGAUGAUGAUGAUGGCAUUACCUCGCCGUGUAGAAGCCGCGCAGAUUUGCCAAACAUUCCAGGUGAAGGUGGCUGGGUUGUCACUGAGGUGUCUGAGCUGUAGGCCAAAGAGGCUUCGGCAUGGCUUUCUUCCAUAUGGGUGUCUCUUUUUUGAGGAUUCCACUUUGGGUUGGUUU